GCUCGCCCGGCGCCCAUCCGCCUCCCCGGCACAAGCUCUCCGGACUCGAAGGUCUGCAGGCUGCUGCUCCUCCCACCCCGGCCCGCCUCCUCGCUCUUUCGCUAGCUCUCCGGAGCUGCCGUGUUAGCACUGCGGUGCGUCCCGGCGAGUGCGGGCCGAGGGGCCCCGCGCCAGGGCUGAGCAGAGGACUGGGGCGUCCGGGGCAGAGCGCAGCCGGCCGGGGAGUGGCCAUGUGUGGCAAGGCCGCGGCGAAGCUCGUCUGCAGCAAGUGACCUCGAGUCGUGGACCGCUGCCCUGCCCCCUCUGCUGCCACCUGGGGCAGCGCGGGCCCCGGUGCCCCGGAUCGCGCGUAGAGCCGGCGCGAUGCACGUGCGCUCGCUGCGCGCUGCGGCGCCACACAGCUUCGUGGCUCUCUGGGCGCCUCUGUUCUUACUGCGCUCCGCCCUAGCCGACUUCAGCCUGGACAACGAGGUACACUCGAGCUUCAUCCACCGGCGCCUCCGCAGCCAGGAGCGGCGGGAGAUGCAGCGGGAGAUCCUGUCCAUCUUGGGCUUGCCCCAUCGCCCGCGCCCGCACCUCCAGGGAAAGCAUAACUCGGCGCCCAUGUUCAUGUUGGACCUGUACAACGCCAUGGCGGUGGAGGAGAGUGGGCCCGACGGCCAGGGCUUCUCCUACCCCUACAAGGCCGUCUUCAGUACCCAGGGUCCCCCUUUAGCCAGCCUGCAGGACAGCCACUUCCUCACCGACGCCGACAUGGUCAUGAGCUUCGUCAACCUCGUGGAACACGACAAGGAAUUCUUCCAGCCCCGCUACCACCACCGGGAGUUCCGGUUUGAUCUGUCCAAGAUCCCCGAGGGGGAAGCCGUGACUGCAGCUGAAUUCCGCAUCUAUAAGGACUACAUCCGGGAGCGAUUUGACAACGAGACCUUCCAGAUCAGGGUCUACCAGGUGCUCCAGGAGCACUCAGGCAGGGAGUCGGAUCUCUUCUUGCUGGACAGUCGUACCCUUUGGGCUUCUGAGGAGGGCUGGCUAGUGUUUGACAUCACAGCCACCAGCAACCACUGGGUCAUUAACCCUCGGCACAACCUGGGUCUGCAGCUCUCCGUGGAGACCCUGGAUGGACAGAGCAUCAACCCCAAGUUGGCGGGCCUGAUUGGGCGGCAUGGACCCCAGAACAAGCAACCCUUCAUGGUGGCCUUCUUCAAGGCCACAGAAGUCCAUCUACGUAGCAUCCGGUCCACGGGGGGCAAGCAGCGCAGCCAGAACCGCUCCAAGACACCCAAGAACCAAGAGGCACUGAGGAUGGCCAGUGUGGCAGAAAACAGCAGUGGUGACCAGAGGCAAGCCUGCAAGAAACACGAGCUGUAUGUCAGCUUCCGAGACCUCGGCUGGCAGGACUGGAUUAUUGCACCUGAAGGCUAUGCUGCUUACUACUGUGAAGGGGAGUGUGCCUUCCCUCUGAACUCCUACAUGAAUGCCACUAACCAUGCCAUCGUCCAGACACUGGUUCACUUCAUCAACCCGGACACGGUACCCAAGCCUUGCUGUGCACCCACACAGCUCAAUGCCAUAUCUGUCCUCUACUUCGACGACAGCUCCAAUGUCAUCCUGAAGAAGUACAGAAACAUGGUGGUCCGGGCCUGUGGCUGCCACUAGCCUCUUCGGAGAGCCGGACCCUUUGGGCCACAUUGUUCCAGAUCUGUGGUGUCUCACCAUCUAGUCUCU